AUGGCUCAAGUAAAUCAAUGGAAAAUGUUAACAGACUGUGAUUUUAGUGGAUAUACACUAGUCAUACCAAGUGUGGCGGUUGGUAAUGUUGGGCAACUCGCUUGUGAUUUAAUAAUUUCUUCUUUGAACAUGACGAAGAUCGGAAUAAUUUACAGUCCUGCACUUAUUCCCAUAUCGGGAUACGACCCUUAUAAGAUUGGGUCCGACUCUAUAUCAAGUUGCUGUGAACUUUACCAGUGUGCUGAAAGGAAAGUGGUAAUUCUGCUGUUAAGGGCACCACUAGUUUAUAAGUAUGCAAAUCAAUUCCUGACUGAAGUCGUGGAUAAAUUCAAGUCUGAAAAUAUCAAGGACAUUGUAAUAUUAACCAGUAGUUUUGCUCAUGAGAAGAAACAUAUAAUGACAUCACCUUUCCGAUAUGUAGUGAAUGAAUUAUGUUUGUACACUAGUAAACUGAAGACAUUAGGUUGGGUGGAACAUGAAACUAAAGGCGAGCCUGUGAAAAUACUAGGAGGAGGGUUUGCUUCCUUACUAUUUGAAAUAACCAAGGCAAAGUCCGUACCAUGCUUGGUCCUGUAUAAGUUUGCAUCGGAGGGAGACAACAUACCUGAUGCCUAUGAAAUGGUUCAGUAUGUGAACAGUGUCAUACCAUUGUUCAAUGAUUCGGAUAUUUCCUCACAGUUAGUCCAUCCAGUUUCAUGGAAUCUCAUGUUUGGAGGACCACCACCUACAAAUAUUUAUUAA